AUGUUUAAUGAAGCACUUAUCAACAGUUUACCGAUAAACAAAUCGAAGUCAGUUGAUAAAGCCAUAUUAGCCGCAGUUGUUAAAGACGGAAGAAGUUUCGGUGAUUUUAAUCGUUUAGGUAUAAGACAAUUGAUUGCAACGGUAGUUGGAACUGGUUAUAGAAUCCCGAGUAGAUUCCAGAUUCGUCGAAAACUUAAAUAUUUAUAUCAAGUGGAACGUCAGAAAUUGAAAGAUUUGUUAGAAAAUGUCAAUUAUAUUAGUUUAGCUAGUGGCAUAUGGUCUAACAAGUCAGGGGAUUUGUACUUUGGUUUAACGGAUCAUUUUCUCGAUGAUAAUUUUCGCACUAAACAUAAUGUGUUGAUAUUCAAAAAAUUUUCUGGAACACAGUGCAAGUCGUUAUGCAUCAAAAAUUCUCAACGAAUUAUCGAAAUUAAAGACUGA